GCAGCUGUGAUUGGGUUCCCAUAGAGCAGUGCCCAAUUGGCCCGGUGCCAUCAGGGUUUUACCGGUGUAGGUCGUCAUUGUAAACAAUAAUAUAUUUAACUAGGCAAGCCAGUAAAGAACAAAGAUUACUUUAAAAAAAAAUCUCAAACACACUGAAUGGUGCUUUCAAAACAACUGAGAAAAAAGAGUUUAAGAAAGAGGCCGAGUUCCCGAUUUGGAAUUUGAUUGACAGUUUAAAAUGUUUUUUUUUCCUAGUCGGAGCUCAGCCCAGUUGCCUUGAACACACAGAAGUCGAAUAUUUCCAAUAUCAAAGUUCACAGUUGUUUUGAACUUGUUCUAGUGGAACACUAUUGCCAAGAUGUUGACCAACUUUGGUCACGCUUUCAACGUGUGUUGCAUUUGAAGAAUUAUACUACUUCCAACUACAGGUCCACUGCAUGACUGUAACUGACAACUAACCUGUCAGUCUUUGUCGUUGUUUUUUGUUUGAAUUGUUUACGUGUUCGCUAUGCGGGGGAAACUGUAAAACAAACGGAACUACGUGGCUAAGAACUGUUGUAACGGGUAUUAUUAUCGUAGCAACACACUUUUGGGGUGAGGCAAUCCCACACAGUGUUCGGGUGAAGUUCGUAACGGUUGAAGUGUGUAUGUUAGGAUGGUAACGUUAUAAUAGGAUGGUAACGUUAUAAUUCCUGCAUGAGUAGCAGAAAGUUGAAAUUGGGCAUGCUAUUUAAUCCAAAAGUGAAAAUGCUGCCCCCUAAACCUUAAUAAGGAUGAAGCGUGAAUUCAUGCCAGGAAUAAGACGUGUGAAGUUUGGGAUAUCCUCCCUUCUACAAUAAGCAGCCAACAAGGAUCAUAUAAAGGAUGAUCCAGUGACGAUCCCCGGUCCAGGGCCUCCAGCGACGGUCCCCAGUCCAGGGUCUCCAGCAAUGGUCCCCAGCCCAGGGUCUCCAGCGAUGGUCCCCAGCCAGGGGUCUCCAGCGAUGAUCCCCAGUCCGGGGCCUCCGGCGAUGAUCCACGCAGUGAUGGUCCCCAGCCCAGAGUCUCCAGAGACGGUCCCCAGCCCGGAGUCUCCAGCGACGAUCCCCAGUCCGGGGCCUCCGGCGAUGAUCCACGCAGUGAUGGUCCUCAGUCCUGGGUUUCCAGCGAUGGUCCCCAGCCCGGGGUCUCCAGCGAUGAUCCGCAGUCCAGAGCCUCCGGCGAUGAUCCACGGGCCGUUUCUACUAAGGCGGAGGGAUCAGUGUAUAGAAGGGGGGCGGCGUCCACAUCCAGAGCCACCACCAAGGGACCUGAGCCCUAGGACCAUGCCUCAGGACUACCUGACAUGAUGACUCCUUGCUGUCCCCAGUCCACCUGGCCGUGCUGCUGCUCCAGUUUCAACUGUUCUGCCUUAUUAUUAUUUGACCAUGCUGGUCAUUUAUGAACAUUUGAACAUCUUGGCCAUGUUCUGUUAUAAUCUUCACCCGGCACAGCCAGAAGAGGACUGGCCACCCCACAUAGCCUGGUUCCUCUCUAGGUUUCUUCCUAGGUUUUGGCCUUUCUAGGGAGUUUUUCCUAGCCACCGUGCUUCUACACCUGCAUUGCUUGCUGUUUGGGCUUUUAGGCUGGGUUUCUGUACAGCAUUUUGAGAUAUCAGCUGAUGUACGAAGGGCUGAUUUGAUUUGAUUUUGAUUUAACUAAACAGAAUACUACUCUGUUACUGUAGGAAUGUAUGAAUCUUAUUAUAAUCAUAAUACUGAAUAUAAGGUGUGUAGUUUUAGUCAAGAAUUAGACCAAUGACUUUCUGUUCCUUUGUAUAAACGAAUGGAGCUAUCGUCA